CGCCAACAAUGGAAGGACUUUGCUCAGUAUAAGGGGUCUUCAAACAGUUUACGAAUUUGUUCCGAUCAUUUUGAAAGACGUUAUAUCAAGAAAAAUACACCACCCAAACGACUAUUAGUAUCAAAUGCUGUUCCAACUUUACUUCCGCCUGAUAAUAUUUUGAAGAUGCCCAAAAAUAUGCCAAAACCUCCUUUGACAAAUUCAACUGCAAAAAAUUUAUUGGUAAACGUCAACAAUGACGAAGUUAUAUUUGAACGUCCGGCUUUGAAAGAUGAAUGUUCGCAUAAUGACAGAGGCAUUACUUUUGAAGUACGCAAGGCUACUGAUACGGAACCAGCUUUAAUUAAUAUUGAAACAAAUAGCUUUGUGAAAAUUUCAUUAAGAGGUAAGAAGUGCUUCUGCUUGCAUUAG